AUGACCGUCACCACUCCCGAACGCGUUUUCCAGCUCACAGGCUCCUGCAACAACUACCCUUGGGGCAAAAAGGGAAAGGAGUCUCUCGCCGCUCAACUAUGCGUAAAGACGGACAAAAGCUUCCAGAUCAAAGAUGACGAGUUCUACUCGGAAAUGUGGUUCGGCGAUUAUCCCGACUUUCCAGCAAAGAAGUUGGAGACUGGAGAGCCCCUGAAAGACAUCCUCGACAAGAACAAGGAGACACUACUGGGGAAGAAGGUUAUUGAGAAUCUCGACGGCCAGCUCCCGUUCUUGCCAAAGAUCCUUUCCAUUGCCAAAGCCCUUCCCCUCCAAAUUCACCCCAACAAGGAGCUCGCAACAAAGCUCCAUAAGAAGGACCCCGAGAACUUUACCGAUCCCAACCAUAAACCCGAGAUCGCCGUAGCUCUGUCCAAGUUCGAAGUCUUUGCUGGAUGGAAGCCACUCUCCGACAUUGUGCCUCUCUUCCAGCUUCCCUUCCUCAAGCAAUUCGUCCCUCCCGGAACCACCGACACCUGGACCGACGCCACCCUCCGUGAGAUUACCCGAAGUCUGCUCAAGGCCGAAGAGGGCUCCGUCGAGAGCAUUGCCCAGUCCCUCCUCAAGACC